GUGUAUUCGGAGCUCCGAGUGACUCGGAAUUUCCCUCUGCCGCAAACUCCGCUGAUUCAAGUUUCGCUACUGGGGUAUUUAUGCCUCCAUUCUCUCGGAUAAGACUCUCCUCCACAAGUCACAGCUGAAAACAUCCUUCAUCUCCAGUCCAUUGUCCUUUGCUCGAGCACUUCUACUACAUCCCGCCAGAACCAUAUCCCUUCCUUUCAAGAUGUCCCAGCCAAUCAACCAUCCACUCCAGAGAAGAAAUGCCUUCCGCAGGGUUCCCGAGAUACCUAGGAAACACCUUUCCUCCGGUUUCGCCUACCUGCCCGAGUCGUUGCAAGUCAACCACUUGAACCACCCCGUGCCACAAGGCACUACAACCUCCACCACGCCCUCGAAAAUCAGCACACCCUCCCAAGCCCAAGUCGAGUCUUCCGGCCCAUCUGUGCCCUGCAUCCCCUCCGACCCCUCCAGUUCCUCCACAGAGGUACACAUCUCCAGCGACGCUUCGGAUUCUAACAAUUCCCACCACGUUUACACCACACCCAGGAGAUAUUCAUGGGUCACCGACGACUACGUCUCCGACCUCGACUCCGACGAGGAAGAGGACGACCCAAUCAUGGCCCCACGCCGCUCGGUCUCCCCUGAGGGUUCCCUUUCUGACAGCGACAUGGACCAGAACCUCAACGUCCCCCCUAACUCUCCGUCAGACGACAUGACAUGGGACAUGGACUACUACAGCCCCUGCUGGCACUGCUCCGAUUCCCACUACGGCAAGUGUGAGGCUCAAAAGGCGUAUGAGGAGCUGGCGCGGAGGUAUUGGCAGGGCAAUGACAACGAUGAACAGCUGAGGCAGACUGAUACCCGGGACUUUGCCGCUGAGACCAUCGCCAACGGAAGGGCAGGUCGAGAUGCAGCUGCUUUGCGUGCUGACGUGCGGAUUAGCAGGUUCAAAGAAGGGAAAGAGAGUGUGGUGGGUCCUGCUAAACCAUUGGAGUCGUGGAACAUGUGGAGGAAGAAGAAGAAGACACGUGAGUGGAAAGGUAAAGAGAAGGUGGAGGGGACUGGGAGAGAUUUCCUGAAAGGGAAAAUAAACAUGAACGGUGAACUUGUAGGAAAUGCUUGGGGUUCAGGUGUCGCUGAAAGGAAGCCGAAGACGAAAAACAAGAAGGGGGAACGGAGGUUCGUGAAGGGGUUCUUUCAAGAGUUGGCGCUUAUUGUUGCAUCUUGUGGUUGUUGCUGUAUUGGCAGGUACUGGUAAUGUUUGCUUCUGCCUCUGGGUCAAUGUAUGGGAUGUUUCUUGGGUAGAGGUAGU